ACGAGUGUGUGUAUGAAUGGAGGAAGUGUUGUGGAGUCUGAUGGAAGAGAUCACUGUGGAUGAAUGAGGUGAGAGCUAAAGGUGCUCCUGCAGAAGCACCAUGGAGAGGAUGGGCAGUAAUGUUCAUGGUGAUCUCCAGGUUUGCGAUCAUCCUGUUCUCUGUAAAUGUCUCCAGUGAGUCCUGAGUCAGUGCUGUGGUGGAGGUGGCUUUAUCUGAUCAGCUUAUUGAGGUGCUUGGCAUUUUCUGCAGUGAUGCUGCUCCUCUAGCACACCACACCAUAGGAAAGAACAUCCCCAGUAGUCUGCAGUACACACUGAAGGACGUCGGUCUCUGUGGAAGAAGAACCUGCUCUGGCCUUUCCUGCACAAUGUGUUAGUGUUGUUUGUCCAGUCCAUUCUGCAGUUCAGGUAGACCCCAAAGUACCAAGAACCUGCACCAUCUCUCCCCUUUGAUGGUUCCUGGUCUUGCAGACUCAGUAAUCACCAGUUCAUUUGCUUUCCCAGUGUUGAGCUGCAGCUUGUUUUCACAGAUAACAAUAACUGAAUGCACCUCAUGCUGGAGGAGUCAUCAGAUCUUCUGCAGGAGCUGAUGAUGAUUUGUAGAGAGGAAAAGGAAAGAGGACCGUGUCCCUGAGCUGAUCCGGUGCUGCUCGCUGUCCCAUACACGUCCAGCCAGAAUUCAGGGCUGUGUCCCAAACUGCUUUCAGUGCAACCACACACACUGUAAUACACAGUGUAAUCAAUGAGUGUGUGAUUUGAGACACAGCCCAUGCAGCAGCUAGCCAUAGGAAAGGAAAGAAGUGUGUGUGUGUGUGUGUGUGUGUGUGUGUGUGUGUGUGUGUGUAAUCAGAUAUUUGAGUCUUAGGCUGGCAAGAUAUGAAUUUGUGUGUGCGCAGGUUAAAAUUAGAGCAAGACUCACACACACACACACACAGUUACUUCGCCUUCACUUUCCUCUCUGCUCCUCUUGUCUCUCUGCUGUUUGUGUGUGUGUGUGUGUGUGUGUGUGAGAGAGAGAGAGAAAGAGAGAGAGAUGGGUGUUACAGGUGUGUGUUCAGCGUGUAAAGGAUUUUUGAGCUGCUUCAGCCUGUCUAGUGUGAGAUGUGAUGAUGAUGAUGAAGGUCACCUGCUGUGUCAGGAUGGAUAUGUGCUGCAGGACAGAUAUGAGAUUGUGAGUACGUUGGGGCAGGGGACUUUUGGAAAAGUGGUGCAGUGCAUUGACCAUCAAAGAGAAGGCUCUCGUGUUGCUCUGAAGAUCAUUAAAAAUGUGGAGAAAUACAAAGAAGCAGCUCGACUGGAGAUAAAUGUUCUGGAGAAGAUCAAAGAGAAAGAUCCAGAAAACAAACAGUUGUGUGUGUGUAUGUACGGUUGGUUUCAGUACAGGGGUCACAUGUGUAUCAGUUUUGAGUUGUUGUCUCUCAGCACAUUCGACUUCCUGAAGCAGAAUAAUUACAUUCCAUACACGCUGGAGCAGGUGAGACACAUGGCCUAUCAGAUCUGCAGCGCAGUGGAGUUUCUCCAUGCUAACAGGCUAACACACACUGAUCUGAAACCAGAGAAUGUUUUAUUUAUUAACUCCAACUUCACCACCUGCUACAACACCGACAAGCAAUGUGAGGAGCAUGUGUUAAAGGACACGGCAGUGAAGGUGGUGGAUUUUGGCAGUGCAACGUUUGAUCAUGAACAUCACAGCACCGUCGUCUCCACGCGACAUUACCGUGCCCCUGAGGUCAUCCUGGAGCUUGGGUGGAGUCAGCCGUGUGAUGUCUGGAGUAUCGGCUGCAUCCUGUUUGAGUAUUACCUUGGAUACACACUCUUUCAGGCCCAUGAUAACAGAGAACACUUGGCCAUGAUGGAGAGAAUACAAGGACCAAUUCCUUCUAGAAUGAUCCGUAAAACAAGGAAGCAGAAAUAUUUCUCUGGAGGUCGUUUGGACUGGGACAAGAAUUCACCAACAGGAAGACACAUCACACACACCUACAAACCACUAUGUAAGUAUUUAUUACGGGAAUCAGAAGAUCAUUGUCAGCUCUUCAACCUGUUGGAGAUGAUGCUGGAGUUUGAACCUGAGCGGCGUCUCUCCAGUUCCUCCUCCCUCCAUCACCCAUUCUUCUCUUCCCUUCAUGACCUUUGACCUCUAACCUUCAAGAGAGUUUUCAUUCCUUUGCCUGUGCAUUGUUGUGUUGGUAUGGCGAUAGAUCUGUAACUGACAGCUGAUCCAGCCAAUCAAAAGAUGGGCAAUACUAAGUGCUGAUUGGUGGAGGUGAACAUCAGCAACGCUCUUCCGAGAACCAAUCGGAUUACAGCCUAUCCCUUUGAUUGACAGCUCCACAGAUACCACAGACAUUUGAGGAAAUUUCAUUACAUCACCAUAGAGCACUUUACUUGUAUAAGUCCUGUGAAUCGACGUCAUGUCACAGAUUAGUUCUUCAUUUCUACAUAUCUUUUGACUGCAUUGAAACUGUAAAAAUAAUAAAUGACUCUUGCCAGAUCAGGUGAUGUUUCCCAUCUUCAGCUGUGUCCACUGUAGCCUCAGGUUCUGUGUUCCUCUGCUGUUGUAGUCCAUGCAUCUCAGUGUUCUGAUGUCUUGUGUUCUGAGAUGUUUUAUUGAUUACCAUGGGUUGGAAAGUAUGCUUAUUUGAGUUCCCUUAGACUCCCUGUUAGCACGGACAUGUCUGGCCAUUCUCCUCUGACCUCUUUCAUCAGCAAGACCUUUUUCUCCAUUCUGAUGUUUGAUGUGAACGUUAACUGAAGCUCUUCACCUGCAUGAGUUUAUAAAUUGUGCCGCUGCCACGUGAUUGGAAAAUCAUGAGCAGAUGUUCCUAAUAAAGUGGACGGUGAGUGUGUACUUACAUAUACAGCGCUUCCGGAAAGUAUUCACAGCGCUUCACUUUCUCCACAUUUUGUGAUGUUACAGCCUUAUUCCAAAAUGGAUUCAAUUCAUUAUUUUCCUCAAAAUUCUACAAACAACACCCCAUAAUGACCACGUGAAAGUAGUUUGUUUGAAAUCUUUGCAAAUUUAUUUUUUUUAAAAAACAACAACAACAAAAAAAGCACAUGUACAUAAGUAUUCACAGCCUUUGCUCAAUACUUUGUUGACGCACCUUUGGCACCGAUUACAGCCUCAAGUCUUUUUGAGAAUGAUGCUACAAGCCUGGCACACCUAUUUUUGGGCAGUUUCUCCCAUUCCUCUUUGCAGGACCUCUCAAGCUCCAUCAGGUUGGAUGGGGAGCGUUGGUGCACAGCUAUUUCCAGAUCUCUCCAGAGAUGUCCAAUCGGGUUCCAGUCUGGACUCUGGCUGGGACACUCAAAGACAUUCACAGAGUUGUCCUGUAGCCACGCCUUUGUUAUCUUGGCUGUGUGCUUAGGGCCGUUGUCCUGUUGGAAGAUGAACCUUCACCCCAGUCUGAGGUCCAGAGCGCUCUGGAGCAGGUUUUCAUCAAGGAUGUCUCUGUACAUUGCUGUAUUCAUCUUUUCCUCGAUCCUGACUAGUCUCCCAGUUCCUGCCGCUGAAAAACAUCCCCACAGCAUGAUGCUGCCACCACCAUGCUUCACUGUAGGGAUGGUAUUGGCCAGGUGAUGAGUGGUGCCUGGUUUCCUCCAGACAUGAUGCUUGCCAUUCAGGCCAGAGACUUCAAUCUUUGUUCAAUCUUUGGUCUGAGAGUCCUUCAGGUGUCUUUUGGCAAACUCCAGGUAGGCUGUCAUGUGCCUUUCACUGAGGAGUGGCUUCCGUCUGGCCACUCUACCAUACAGGCCUGAUUGGUGGAGUGCUGCAGAGCUGGUUGUUCUUCUGGAAGGUUCUCCUCUCUCCACAGAGACAUGCUGGAGCUCUGUCAGAGUGACCAUCAGGUUUUUGGUCACCUCCCUGACUAAGGGCCUUCUCCCCCAAUCGCUCAGUUUGGCCAGAGUUCUGCUGGUUCCAGACUUCUUCCAUUUACGGAUGAUGGAGGCCACUGUGCUCAUUGGGACCUUCAAUGCUGCAGAAAUGUUUCUGUACCCUUCCCCAGAUCUGUGCCUCGAUACAGUCCUGUCUCGGAGGUCUACAGACAGUUCCUUGGACUUCAUGGCUUGGUUUGUGCUCUGACAUGCAGUGUUAACUGUGGGACCUUAUAUAGACAGGUGUGUGCCUUUCCAAAUCAUGUCCAAUCACCUGAAUUUACCACAGGUGGACUCCAAUCACGUUGUAGAAACAUCUCAAGGAUGAUCAGUGGAAACAUUUUGAAUGUCAUGGCAAAGGCUGUGAUACUUAUGUACAUGUGCAUUUCUUCUCUCUUUUUAAAAAAAAUAAAUUUGCAAAGAUUUCAAACAAACUACUUUCACGUUGUCAUUAUGUAGAAUUUGUAGAAUUUCAUAAAUAAAAUAAUGAAUUUAAUUCUUUGGAAUAAGGCUGUAAUAUAACAAAAUGUGGAAAAAGUG